AUGGCUGUCAAACUUAGCGGAAAGCAGUCAUGGCUCACUCGAAUGAGCACAGUAUUGGCCGAAGCACUCGAAAGGUACGCUUCACUGGAAAGUCUUGAUGGAGACGCAGAAAAUGAGUCCAACCACUACCGAAUACGACGCAUACACCAGGAACGUCAGGAAUUGGAAAUCAAGAUGGCUAAUCUGCAACAAGCGCUAGACCACUACAUUGAAGCAGCUGACGAGCUGCAACCACCACCAGAAGGAAGCCAAAUGGUAAAAAUUGAACAGAACAUUGAUAACGCCCAUACUGUACGUCUGAAAGGCCAGAAUCGUCUGACCGAACUCUCUCUGAUCCUCAGACAAAAUGAGGAUCUAGAAAUACCCACUUCGCCCUUGGACGAGACGAAUAAGUACGACAAUCAAGACGCAGUUGUUAACCAGCUGCUUCAAGAGUUGCAAGACCUGCAACCGGCAAGCACUACAACUACCGACCAAAUGAAUACACUGGACAAGAUAGUCCCUAUCAUUUCUCAACUGGAGCGGAAAGGAGAAAACACCAACACGCAACAGAUGCGACGCACAGUCUUGAAGAAGUUUAGCGACAAAAUCCAGCGAGCCAUGCUGAAAAAGAAGACAUCCUUCCACGGAGCGAGCUGGACAACAAAGCAGCUUCUUCAGGACCUCCAGGAUUUCUUCAAUAUGGAAGCUCAAAUUGAGAAUAUACGAGGAACCAUAGAAGAAUCCAACAUUAGCACUCCGCCCGUUGGGAGAACAAACACACUUGCAAACAACCGAAACAACAGGACUUCUCCUGUUUCUACUGCAACGAGAGCGAUCAUGCACCGAGAUCCUGCUCAAGGUAUCCUACAAUUGAUCAGCGGUUGCAGCUCAUAA